AUGCGUAUUAAGAUUAUUGUUCUGAGAAGGAAAAGGAAAAACGAUCGAUCGAGCGUGCCGGUUUUCGUGCCGGAGCGGUUAUGGCGAAUGAGGUGCGAAUACACCGUCUACCUCCAGCUAGGCGAGGCGGUGGGAAAGCCGACUGGCGAUGGAGGAGGUGGUGGAGGAUGCUCAAAGUCGUUCCCUCCGGAGAUGUAUUUGGGCUGGGCGGAGGAAGACUGCAUGGCACGCUGGAUGUCGACGCUGAGCGUUGAGACGGAGAGCUGCUUUGUAUUUGAGCUGCUGGAGCUGGAGCUGGUGCUGGAGAAGGAAUGCAUGGUGUGA